AAAGUGCACACUUACAAAAAUGGGAGUACAAAUGUGGCACGAAGGAGGAAAGGAAAUCCAUGGAACAAUAAAUGAAGUAGACUUGCAAAAAUGGAGCUGCUUCUGCUGCGUGGAUUGUGGAGGUGAUUUGGAUUUCUCCCACUAUUUUGAAUUGUCUUAUCACCAUCAAUAUUCUACUCCUAUCUACAAUAAAAACCCAAUAUUUUACUCCCAUCUUCAAAGAAAACAUCAUUAUUGAACCAGCAAUACUGCAAAUCUGCAAUAGUAUAUAAAUCCAGUAAAGCACCGCAGAAGAUUGAAGAAGAUUAAGAGAAGAAAGAAGCUCCCCCCCCCCCCUCCCUCCCCAUUCCACGUUAUCUUCAAAAUUUUCAAACCCAUCCAUUCUAUAACCCCAAAAGAAAGGCAAAAAUGGUGGUCAAGAUCUCACUUUUCCUCCAAUUCCUCUCCAUCCUGGCCGUCCAUGCUCUCAACCCUCAUCUUGAAGGAUUCCUUCCAAAUGGGAACUUUGAAGAGGGCCCAAACCCAAGGGACAUCAAGAAAACCACUCUCCAAGGCAAACACGCCCUACCCAAAUGGGAAAUCUCCGGCCUGGUGGAGUACAUCUCCGCGGGGCCACAGCCCGGCGGGAUGUUCUUCCAGGUCGCGCACGGGGCCCACGCGGUCAGGCUGGGAAACGAUGCCUCGAUCUCCCAGGCGAUCCGCGUGGAGAAGGGGCGGGCCUACGCUUUGACAUUCGCAGCCUCCAGGACGUGCGCGCAGGAAGAGGUGCUGAGGGUGGGGGUGCCCCCUCUGUCUGGGGACAUUCCCUUGCAGACAUUGUACAGCAGCAAUGGAGGAGAUGUUGUUGCCUACGCGUUUACUGCUGCUUCUGAGUGGGCAAAUGUGACAUUUCACAACCCCGGGGUGCAGGAGGACCCCGCCUGCGGCCCUCUCAUCGACGCCGUUGCCAUCAAGCAACUCCGCCCUGCUUUGCCCUCCACAGGCAACUUGGUGAGGAACGGCGGUUUCGAGGAGGGGCCGCGGUGCCUGAGCAACGCAACAAACGGGGUCCUCAUCCCGCCGAGGCAGCAGGACGCGGUGUCCCCGCUGCCGGGGUGGGUGGUGGAGUCCCUCAAGGCGGUCAAGUACAUAGACGCGCCGCACUUCAACGUCCCCUCGGGGCACGGCGCGGUGGAGCUGGUGGCGGGGAGGGAGAGCGCGAUCGCGCAGGUCCUAAGGACUGUCCCAAACAAGUCCUACGCCCUGUCCUUCGCGGUGGGGGACGCGAGGAACGGCUGCCACGGGGACAUGAUGGUGGAGGCGUUUGCCGCGAGGAGCGCCUUCAAAGUGCCCUUCAGGUCCUCCGGGAAGGGGCAGUUCAAGACCGCCGGGUUCAAGUUUAGGGCGGUCUCGACCCGCACCAGGGUGACCUUCUUCAGCUCCUUCUACCACAACAAGGUCCAUGACUAUGGGAGUCUCUGCGGCCCUGUUCUUGACGAGGUUAAGGUCUCCCCCAUUGUUGGAGCUGCUUAUUAAGUUCUCUGUUUCUGCUACUGCUUGUUUUCAGAUUUUUUUUCAUCUUCUCAGUUUUUUGGGACGGAUUUAGUGUUUGGGACAUGUACUUUUUUAUUGUGAAAUUAGAAAUAUUGUUAAAGCAACGUGGGAAUGCAAUCUUAGGAACAAAUAAUUUUAUUGUGAUGUCCAAACAUACCAUGUGUUUGGAACAUGUGCACACACUGGUGGAAUUCAGAGGUUAUUAUUUGGGUGAUUUGGAAACUAUUUGAUAAAAUAAAAUAUUUUUGUCAUA